AUGACGGACGCGAACCGAGACGUGCUCUUCCUGCGCGUCCGGACGCUCGAGAAGUACAAGCACAACUAUGAGCUCUUAUGCAGCCAGCUCAGCGACCUCAACACGCAGGUCGGGCUCCAGCUGCAGCGCCACGAGAUGGACGUCGCCGGCCUCCAAGCCAUCAUUCGUGGCCUCGAGAAGGAUAAGACCGACGCUGCUACCAAGGUCAUGGAGCUCGAGGCCAGAAUCGCUGCGCAGGCCACUGUGAUGAGCCAGGACAAGGAGUACACCGACCGCAUUCACGCUCAGCUCACGACGGCGGCCGAGCUCCUGAAAGCAAGUGAGCGCAAUGCGAGCGAGCGCGAGAGAGAGUGCCACGCACAGCUAGACGCUAUGCACCGGCAAUUAGAGAAAGAAGCGUGCGAGCACGACGCUGUAAAGCGCGAACUGUCAGCGCUCAAGCUCGCCAAAGACUCGGGCAGCGAAUCGAGCAAGGACAUCAAGAAGCUGCGGCGACGGCUUAGCGAAGCCCAUCAUUGCAUUGAGACCCUGCGCCGGCAGCUCAUGGACGAAUGCCGUCGACGGGACGCGGAGAGUGAUGCGGCGCAGGAGGCGGCCCAGCGAAGGAUAGCGCAGCUGCAGCAGGACGCGAUCUGCCUCUCCGAGAUUGCGUCGUCCUCAAAGGCGCACGCACAGUCGCUCGAGCAGCAGCUGGACGCGCUCGAGGCCCAACACCGCAAGUCCCAAGUGCGCGAGGAUGAUCUUCGGCGCGAACUCGAGCGCCACGACGUGCAUCGAGCCCAUGACAACGACCGGCUCGUGCUGGAGCUCACCGACAAGGACACGCGUAUCAAAGCCUUGGAGAAAAAAGUGCGCGAACUCAAGAUUCGGUGGAAGCAGGACAGAGAACACUUGAAAGGCAAGCUCCAGCGCCACGAAGCGACCGACGACGAAGCGUACCAGCUCCGCCAGCAAGUUCGCGAACUCGAGACUCAACUCGUUGUCGCGGACAAGCGCUGUCGACUCCUCGAGCGAGAAGUCUCUACCCUUCGAGAUGUAUUGGACGAAGCUGCGCUACGCCAAGAGCGCCGCGACAGCACAUCGCGGUAUAGAGGAACCUCGCCGCAGUAGUGCCACGUCACAUUGAUUACAUAAUCCUAUCAUGCCUGUGCUCGGUGCCGAGCGCUUGUAUCACGA